CACACACACACACACACACACUGAGAGUGAGUGAGGAUCUCGGUGCGCAGUGCGGAGCUGAAAACAUGAGCGGCUUUGCAUUGAUCAUCCGGGUUUGUGCAUGAUGCAUUAGACACACACAGGUGUGAUUCGACAGAGAUCAUGUGUGCGAUGCGCUCGAGAGUCUCUUCGCGGGGAAAGUGUCUUCAUGAGUGUCCAAAGUAACAGCAACAGCACUGGAAGUUUGGACGGAGCGCCAUCUUGCUCUCAGUUCUCGACUGGCUCUCCGACCCCGGGCUCGGUUUCUCCGCUCGAUAUCUGCGCUCCGCGGAGGCCUAAGGAAGGGAUGGAUGAACUGCAUUCUCUGGAUCCACGCCGGCAGGAGCUUUUGGAGGCACGUUUCAUCGGAGCAGUUAGUGGAAAUACAGGAGGAAGCACGGGGAGCGCGAGUGGAGGACCUAAAGGUUUGAACAAUAACGAAUGUUCCAGUCACAGUUUUGGCAGCCUGGGGUCAUCUAGUGACAAGGAGUCGGAGAACUCCGACAUAAAGAAAGGAGGAUCGCCUGCAUAUUCAACUCCAGAGAAGAAGCACUCCGAGUCAUCCAGAGGAAGAAAGAGGAAGGUUGACAACCAGUCAGAGAGCAGCCAAGGAAAGUCUUCCGGCCGAGGGCCCAAGAUCAGCGAUUAUUCUGAUUUCCAGGGAGGAAACGGAUCCAGUCCAGUCAGGGGGCUUCCUCCGGUCCUGCGCUCACCACAGAACUCUCACUCUGCACCCGGCUCUAUCGUCAGACAGAACAGCUCGUCACCCACCAGCCUAUGUUUCAUGGAUCACACGAUGAAUCCGAAACCGCUGAGCAGCAGAAGUGUCCAGACGGAUUUGACACUGUUGAAACUGGCUGCACUUGAGAGCAAUAAGAAUCUUGACCUUGAGAAGAAAGAGGGCAGAAUAGAUGAUCUACUCAGGGCGAACUGUGACCUCCGCAGACAGAUAGAUGAGCAGCAGAAGCUGCUGGAACGUUUCAAGGAGCGUCUGAACAAAUGCACUACGAUGAGUAAAAAACUGCUCAUUGAGAAGAGCACUCAAGAGAAGCAGUCCUGCCGUGAAAAGAGCAUGCAGGACCGGCUGCGUCUGGGGCAUUUCACCACAGUCCGGCAUGGGGCGUCCUACACGGAACAGUGGACAGACGGAUAUGCCUUCCAGAACCUGGUCAAGCUGACUGUGGCAGAAUAUCACGAGCAGGAAGAAAUCUUCAAACUGAGACUGGGUCAUCUCAAAAAGGAGGAGGCAGAGAUCCAGGCAGAGCUGGAGCGGUUGGAGCGCGUGAGGAAUCUGCACAUUCGAGAACUUAAAAGAAUCAACAAUGAGGACAGUUCUCAGUUUAAAGACCAUCCAACCCUUAAUGAAAGGUAUCUUCUCUUACACUUGCUGGGAAGAGGAGGUUUCAGUGAAGUUUAUAAGGCAUUUGACCUGUUUGAGCAGCGAUAUGCUGCUGUGAAGAUCCACCAGCUCAACAAGAACUGGAGAGAGGAGAAGAAGGAGAACUACCACAAACAUGCCUGUAGAGAAUAUAGAAUCCACAAGCAACUGGACCAUCCCAGAAUAGUCAAACUCUACGACUACUUUUCCCUGGACACUGACACAUUCUGCACUGUUCUCGAGUUCUGUGAGGGGAAUGAUCUCGAUUUCUAUCUGAAGCAACACAAGCUGAUGUCUGAGAAAGAGGCUCGCUCCAUCGUCAUGCAGAUAGUCAACGCCCUCCGAUACCUCAAUGAGAUCAAACCGCCCAUCAUCCACUACGACCUGAAACCAGGAAAUAUCCUGUUGGUGGAUGGAACAGCAUGUGGGGAGAUAAAGAUCACAGACUUUGGCCUGUCAAAAAUCAUGGAUGACGACAGCUACGGAGUGGACGGGAUGGACCUGACAUCACAGGGAGCCGGAACCUACUGGUAUUUGCCACCAGAGUGUUUUGUCGUUGGUAAAGAACCUCCAAAGAUCUCUAAUAAAGUAGACGUGUGGUCUGUGGGUGUUAUUUUCUUCCAGUGCCUGUAUGGACGAAAGCCGUUUGGCCAUAAUCAAUCCCAGCAAGACAUCCUUCAAGAGAACACCAUCCUGAAAGCCACUGAGGUGCAGUUUCCUGCCAAACCUGUGGCUAGCACCGAGGCCAAGGCGUUUAUCCGCCGCUGUCUGGCUUACAGGAAGGAGGAUCGCUUUGAUGUCCACCAGCUAGGCAGCGACUCGUACCUUCUUCCUCACAUGAGACGAUCCAAUUCAUCGGGGAACUUGCAGGCCACGCCCGCAAGCCCCGCCUCUUCGGGAAUCAUCUCCUACUGAUUGGCUGAUCAAUCAUGAUUGAUGGUUCUGAUGGCGAGUUCCCUCCCUUCGUCACCUCGGGGUGGACAGGAAGGGGGAGGAUCUAUAAAUGUCAGCUUACAGGCUGUAGGACACGCCCACACUGGCCAUAGUGACUGCCAUUGAUAUUGGGGUAGGAAUGGCUGAUGUCAUUUCCUGUGUGGAUCCAGAUGUCGGUCAGAGCUUGAACCAUUUGAAAAUGGAUAUUUGUUUUUUACCCAAGGCAUUUUGUGGAGUAGAUUUGGGAGGGUCGCGCUAACAUUUAGCUUCUUGUUGAUAUCCUCCCUGAGCUACGCCUCUGUAACGGGGCGUUUUGAUUUGUGUAAGUGUGAAAUUAAGAGACAAUUAAUUGUAGGGUGAUUGGAAAUAGAAGAACGAGUGUUUUAAUGUGACACAACGGUGUCUGUAAGAGAAUUUGUAUGUGUGUGUGUGUGUGUGUGUGUGUGUGUGUGCCUGUGAAUGGAUGUUUUACGCCACAGCGUUAAAUGUUGGCUGUUCAUAACAUACAUGUGUUGGGCACAGAUUGCAAGAUGUGUGUGUUACAAAAAUGCUGUGUCUAUUUUACUUCGAAGUAACAUGUAUGAAAAGUGUC